UUGCCUGUGUGCGUGUUUGUGUUUCUGUACUAGCCUUUUCCCCCUGUGCCAGUCCUAUAAGUGUUUAUCAGUCACCAACAGUGGACACAGUGACACUCUCUUCCUGAACACUAUCAAGGUUUUGGACAGGUCGUAUCCUGUUCAAAGUAAAGACACAAGUUCGGCCCCAAAUUACACCAUAUCCCUUAUAUAUUGCACUACUUUUGACCGGUACUAUUUGCCCCGGUCAAAAGUAGUGCACUAAAUAGGGUAUAGAAUGCCAUUUGAAACGCAACCACAUUCCCUGUUAAUGACAGUUAUAGAAUACAGAAAUGUUGCUAGUAAACUGGAGAUGAGAAGGGUGUUGUUGUUUGUGGUGGUGGUGGGUGCUAGUGGAGAGAGUGUGUGGGUCUGUGUGUGAGUUGACUUAACACCUGCUCAGCUGCCUCCACUUGGACCAUGGAGUUUAGAUGUCUCCUCUUUGUUCUUAUUUCUUCUUCGGCGGUGCUCAUCACUCAAUCUGACACGACCACUAAAGACCCUGACUGGAGUGAUGUCGUCGUGACAAUGGUUGGCAGGGAAGUCACCUUACCCUGUGUUGAUUGGCCUCUCACGGGCUCUGUGAGCAUUAAUUGGAAGAUGAAGUCUCCCGGGGUGGACCACUGGAAACUGGUCCUCUCAGCCAAUGAGAGGCAGCAGUUCUCGGGCGCAGCCUCAAAGGCUUCCAUGCGAUUGGUUGACUCAAACUUUCAGGAAACUGGGGACUUCUCUCUACUGUUUGUCCCCAAAAUGGAGGACAAGGGUCGCUACUCCUGUCUGAUUAAACAGCAAGAGAAGAAACUGAGAGAGAAGAUCAUACUAUUAGCCAUCCUCACAGUCUCUAUCUUUCCUUCAGCCACUCUCCCUCACCACAGCACACUGCGUCUGAUGGCAGAAGUGUCCCCUGCCUCCGCCGUUUCUGAGGUAACCUGGCUGUCCCCUGGCGGGACGCCGCUACGAUUGGCAAGGAGGUCAGGGGGGGGUGUUGCCAAGCUGCCCCAGAUACGCUUCACUGACCAAGGGGUAUACAUCUGCCAGGUAUACCCAAGGGGUAACAGCAGCUCCCCUAUGUUCCCCUUCACUGUGGACCUCCGCGUGGAUGGUUUGAAUGUGGCCUCGUUCACCAAUAUAAGCCAUAGUGCUCAGAUCUCUAUGGCCAGUCUCACCCAGACCCCUCUCACCCUCGCCUGCCCUCCGAUGCGGGGUGAUUAUGUCCUGCUCUAUUGGAAGCCUCCAGACAGCAGAAACAUUAACACCACAACCCUGGUCUACGGGUACGACCGCUGGAGGGACCGCACAGAGAAGAGCAAGACUCAUGCCCAGCUGAGCCUGGACGGGCCAUUGUCUACCCCAAAAGAGGGUUUCUUCUCCUUCCUGCUGAGCCCGGGGCUGAAUGACGGAGGCCUCUACAUGUGUGAGGUCUUCCUCAAUGACAACGCGUUCAGCCAGAGGACCCUACUUAGCAUCCUCCAAGUGAAAGCCAGACAUUCUCCAUCAGCCCUGGUCCUGACGUGUCAUUAUACAGAACGCUCCCAGGUGAAGCGGGUGGUGUGGAGCCACCAGAACCAGAGUCGCACGCUGAAGUGGAGCUCCUCUGGCCCGGGUCGCCUCAGCACAGAGGUCCCCCUGUCCCCCACCCAGAACACGGCUGGGAACUACACCUGCACCAUGCAGCUGCAGAACGGACAAGCGGUCAAGGCAGUUUACACCGUCAAACUGCCCCCGAAAGCCAGACAAGUUGACCUGAAGUUGCUCUACAACCACUAUAAAACGCUUCACAGAGCACUGACCUUGUAGCCCCGCCUGCCUGCCUGCUCGCCUGCCUGACUGCCUGCCCGUGUGCCUGCCUGGCUGAGUGACAGACUGUUUAUGGCUUCUGUCCCAACGGAGGUAAUGGGUUGUCACUGUCAUCACCACCAGACCCGCAUGGGUUCAAAUAGUAUUGGUUUCCCUGUCUCUCUGUGUCUGUCUGUGUCACUCUCUCUCUCUCUCUUUCUCUCUCUCCCUCUCUUCACACCCCCACACUUCUUCAGAUGAUAAGUGUAAAUGGUGAGGGAGGACACCAGGACAGCUCUCUGGAAUGUAUUCACAUUCAUUGUAUCUGAGGAAGCACACACAGCCACAGAAGGAUCUGACAGUUGAAUGAAUCUCCUAAUGGGGAUGAGCUCACUACCAAUACCCCCAUACAUCACUGAUACCGAGGAGCCAUGAUGAUGACACACAACAAAGCAAUGUUUUAACAAGAGUAAUGGAUAUGCAAAGGGAAGUGUUUAGAAUGAGCUGUUUGUGAGGGCUGUUUGAACGUUGUAUUGUGGUCUUGUUCUCCCAUUUACUCUCUUAUUGGGAUGUGGGAGAGAAGAGAGGAGAUGGGAGGCAGGGAAAGAGAGAGAGCGAGAUGGGAGGCAGGGAAAGAGAGAGAGCGAGAUGGGAGGCAGGGAAAGAGAGAGAGCGAGAUGGGAGGCAGGGA